UCUCUAAACGGGCUCUCGACGCGUCGCUGCGCGCUCCGGCUUCUCAAACAAUCUGAUUGGAGUCGGCGUGCGCGGAACCCGGCGUAGGCGGUCCCACGUCCCACUUUUUUUUUUUUGAGAAGAUUACGAGGACAAUCCAGUGAGAAACACAUGACAUUAAGGCUGCCGGAGAGAAGGCGGACGGCCGCAGCGGGACAGAGACGGGACGACGCGCGACGAGUCGAGGCAGAGCGGAGACGCGACCUGUGUGGAGCUAUUUGGAGCCGGAGGACGCUGGUAGUUCUCUGAUCCCAAGAAGAAAACGAGAACCUCACCGAUCGCACCCGAUCGUUCCGCAGAUCCACACGACCCCGAACGCCGACGCGAUUUCGGCACGUGAAUCCAUCGAAGUGCGAGGCACCGGAGCAGCUAUGAGCGACGGCAAAGCAGCUGUGGAAACGGCUCCCGCUGAGGCGAACGCUAUUCCCAAUGGGAAAGGCCACGAGGCCGGGGAGGAGAGCGCCGCGUCAGCAAAAACACCCGCAGAGGACGGUGAAAAGGACACUGUACCCAGCAGUGCCCAGAAUGCUAGUUCUCAGAGGACAGAGAACACGGAGGCCAACCUUCCAGAGAGCCAGGAGUUCUUAUCGGGCGCCGAGGACAAGAAGAUGACCCGCUUCACAGACUUUGAAGGCAAAACCUCCUUCGGGAUGUCUGUCUUCAACCUGGGCAACGCGAUCAUGGGCAGUGGCAUCCUGGGGCUGGCGUACGCCAUGGCCAACACGGGUGUCAUCCUGUUUCUGGUACUUCUAACAGUGGUGGCAGUCCUCUCGUCAUAUUCCAUCCAUUUACUGUUAAAGUCGUCAGGGAUUGUAGGUAUUCGUGCGUAUGAGCAGCUGGGCUACCGGGCCUUCGGGACGCCGGGGAAGAUGGCAGCAGGCAUUGCCAUAACGCUGCAGAACAUUGGAGCCAUGUCCAGCUACCUGUACAUCGUCAAGUAUGAGUUCCCUCUGGUCAUACAGGCUUUUCUAAGGGUGGGCACGGAUGCAGAUGAAUGGUACCUGAACGGAAACUACCUUGUCAUCAUUGUGUCCGUAGCAGUGAUUUUACCACUGGCUCUCAUGAAACAGCUGGGAUACCUGGGAUACACCAGCGGCUUCUCGCUCAGCUGCAUGGUCUUCUUCCUCAUUUCGGUCAUCUACAAGAAGUUCAACAUCCCCUGUCCAUUUAACGGCGGCCCCAACGGCACCGAGCACGGGCUGAACGUCAGCGAGCCGCACCCCGACUGCAUCCCCAAAAUGGUCAACCUCAACCCGCAAACAGCCUACACCAUCCCCAUCCUGGCCUUCGCCUUUGUGUGCCACCCCGAGGUCCUGCCCAUCUACACAGAGCUGCGCAACCCCACCAAGAAAAAGAUGCAGCAUGUGGCCAACAUCUCCAUUGCAGUCAUGUACAUCAUGUACUUCCUGGCUGCUCUUUUUGGAUACUUAACUUUCUAUGGUAAAGUGGAGGCAGAGCUGCUUCACACCUACAGUCAAGUAAACCCAUACGACACCCUCAUUUUGUGUGUGCGUGUGGCCGUGCUCACUGCUGUCACGCUCACUGUGCCCAUCGUGCUCUUUCCUGUACGGAGAGCCAUUCAGCAGAUGAUGUUUCCCAACAAGACCUUCUACUGGCCCCGGCAUAUUGCCAUCGCCUUGGUUCUGCUCACCUUCAUCAACCUGCUGGUCAUCUUUGCCCCCAACAUUCUGGGCAUUUUUGGGGUUAUUGGUGCCACGUCCGCUCCUUGUCUCAUAUUCAUUUUCCCCGCUGUCUUCUACAUUCGUAUUGUACCCAAAGAAGAGGAGCCGCUGCGCUCGUGGCCCAAAAUUCUGGCCAUCUGCUUUGCUGGGAUCGGUUUCCUGUUUAUGACAAUGAGCCUUAGCUUUAUCAUCAUUGACUGGACAUCAGGCAGCAGUAAAGCCAGCAGUGGUCACUAGGUGACACCGUCCUCCACCCUUUUUUUUUAAUUCACUUUUUUAUAUUGUAGCAUUACAGUAGAUCUGUGCUGUGAUGCCACUUCUUUUACUUUGGAUCAUGUCUGAUAUUAGCGAUGCCCCAUACUUUCAUUAGUGAACACUGGUCUAGUGUGCAUAUGCUACAUUGUCCUCCACACCCUGCCAAAUAGUGAUGAUGGCCAGUAGAUGCUCUUGAAAAGCUAAUAGUGAAUUGUGUGAGAGGACAGGUGCAUAAAGACUGAUGUUGGCACAGAUAACGAUGCUGCAGGAUGCUGCCUCUCCAUGUCUUGUUUAGGAGCUUCUCCCUACUUUACCUACAACAACACUGCUCCUCAGAUUAGAACAGUCUGAGACACUAACUGUUUUGAAUGAAAUCAAUUGAAUGAUUUUGUAGUAUUAUUAUGAAUAUUAUGACGCUAUUUGAGUAACAAUUCUGUGCACAUGCAGACGAACUUACAACAAAGAUAAAACAAAGUGGUUUAGUAUUUUGGGGAAAGCUUUGCUAUCUUGCUGGAGUUUAGGGGAAGAUUGAAACGCUUUCAUGUGUGCGCAGUGAACACAGAGCUACAGCCAGCAGCCAGUUAGCUUAGCAUAACUCCUGUUAAAGUCAUCACCUCUGGCAGAGCAGGGUGCAAAACCACAGAGAAUGUGGUGCAGUUGUUAGCACAUAUAUCACAACAUUCCCACAUAGUAAGAUGUAGAUGUAUAUUUUUAUUGAUCUCUGCUGGAUAAAAACAUCAGAUGAUGCCGGACAGACUGUUGGUGCGUGGCUAAUGCACACUGACGCAAUCUUAUCAGAAGCAGGGAUCAGGUCAGCAGCAUUUUAAAUACGUUUAAAAUAGCCUUUACUGUGCAAAGAGUUUUUGUUUAUUUUUAUUACUGUGUACAUAACAGUGAUGAAUGCUACACAAGUCCUCAUCAGUUGGACUGUGCAGAUGACAGUUAUAAAUGAGAUGAAGGUGGGUUACACGUCUAACACGGAUGAGUUGAUGCGUUGUUUCUGAGCAUUCACUGAAAUCAGAGAUAACCAAAACGUGUAAAAUAACAACAGGGUUAUAAAACUUCAUGUUUUAUGUCUGUAAAUAUUCCUGCGUCCAGCACAAGACUGGUCCCAGAAGUUUAUGGCACACAUGGGAUUUCUGCCUCGGCAGUUAGCAAUAGCACUUUCCAUUAACAAGCACAACCUCUUGUAGCCAAUAACUAGUUGAGACACAGACCAAUUAUUUGUAAGAUGCUCUGCCAUUUGCUAGACUGCUUUGUAUUACUAAAUUAAUCCAUCUAGUGUAGAUGACAAGAACAUAUGCAAUGUAUUGAUGGUAAUAUAUGGAUGUCUUCUCAAACAGUACUUGAAGUAAUGUUAAACUUCCUGCCUUCCCGUGAGCCCCUGCGAUCAUUAGCUUCCUCCUUGUGCCCUGUAGAUGAAAAGAAAUUGUUUGAAUGUGUUAUUGGAAGUUUUUCAAGUGUCUGUGUUGUGUAAAAAAUGGCUUCACUGUAUUCGAUCUAUAGUAUUAUGCAUUUCUAUUGUAAAACCUGGACCUAUACUCGGAUCAGAAGUAUAAUGCAAGUGUUUGUCUCCUACCCUCGAUAAAACUUUAUGUUUAAUGUUUUUAUGAGUGUAUCUGUUGACUCUAAUUCAGAAAUGCAAGAGCAAAACAUGUUAAUGAUUGUUUUGUCUUUUAUAGUCAGUAGUAUAUCAUCAGUGGUAUCGUUUUGGUCAUUUCAGUGACUUCAUAACUGCUUGUUGGUAGAUGUAUCCUACUAACUCAGUUGGUAGAUGUAACCUACUAACUCAGAGCUGUUUGUGAGCUGGUGAACUGUCUACAUUUCAUCACUUUUUAAUGAUCCAUUACAUCAGACUUGAUUGACGUAUGGGUAACUCAGUAUUGUCUUGUUAUUUUGUUUCAAUGGUAAUUCUUUAAUCCAUUUAAUUCCUUAAAACAGACUUUGAUUGUCUUUACUGUCUAUCAGCAGAGGGAAUCAUCUGAAUCAGCCAUUGUGUUUGUUGUUGUUUCAUUAAAACAAGGUUGAUAUUUAUAUUGUUUUAGAUUUUAAAUUAGGCUAUAUGUCUAAAAAACAUAUCAAAUUAAUAUAAUAAUUUGUUUUUCAAUUAUGCACAAGCAAAAUGCUGCAAAACAUUAGAAUGUGUAAAAAUGAAAUGUAAACAAAUACAAAGGUGAAAGUGAGUGAAACCACUUUCUUGGUGGCUGAUAAGAGAUGAUUUCUAUUUAGAUAUUAGUGUUUAUUAGUAUAAGUCUCAAUCUUUGUGUGAAAACUAUUGAUUAGUAACCUAUUAAAUAUUGACAUCGGUCGGCAUUUAUAAAUAAUGUAUAUAAACGUAUACCCUUUAUAUUCUAUAUGCAUAUCUAGUUUGUAUAAUGUAAAUAGCAAUUAAAGUUUUAGUCCAAUUAAAAAUAUAAAUGUAAUCAUUUUCAAAGUGCUUUUAAACCUUUUGUCCUUGAAUUCAUGGCUAUUUUCUUGUAUCUCUAUAUAUUUUAAUAUGUUGUUGGCAGUAUUGUACUGUAAACAAUGUUGCAAUAAAGAUAAUGAGGUAACAUAA